AAAAUAACACCUCCUCUUGUUCAGCACCCAAAGUCGAAGGAAAGCUGUGCUGCAUUUGUGGGCCUUUCAAUUGACGAGUUGUUACAUUUCUCACUGUUGUAUGAUAUUGGCCGCUUCUCAGUCCCCCUUCUUUUCCUUUUUUUUCUUGUGUAAUUUUUAACCUGAAUUUUAUUACAUUCGAGUGCUGAGAGCGGGGGGGGGGGGGGAACCGAAGUGGCGUCAAACAUGCGUGCAAAUCAACGCCAUCCGAGCAGGGAACCGCUGAGAGAGGAUUUAACGCCGCUCAUCUGAGGCCAACCGAGAAUUAUUAUUAUUAUUGUUAGUAUUUCCCCCCCCCAUCCACCCAAAACACCCCCCUCCUUCGUCCCUCCUCGGUCAAAUAAGGAAACGUAGCGUUAGGCCGGAAUUGAAGCGUCUAAAAGGGCUUUUCGUCGACGCGAAUCCAGCCAAGAUCGGACCCGGGGGCUCGCGGAACGACGGGGGUGAACCUGUAGGCAGCGAUGGGUGCUUUCCUGGACAAGCCGAAGACCGAGAAGCACAGCGCCCACGGCGACGGCAACGGUCUCCGCUACGGCCUGAGUUCCAUGCAGGGCUGGCGGGUCGAGAUGGAGGACGCCCACACGGCCGUGGUCGGCCUCCCCCACGGACUCACCGACUGGUCCUUCUUCGCGGUUUACGACGGCCACGCCGGCUCGCGGGUGGCCAACUACUGCUCGGGCCAUUUGCUGGAGCACAUCUUGUCCGGCGGCGCCGAGUUCGGGUCCGGUCCCGGCUCCGUGGAGGGCGUGAAGGACGGCAUCCGCGCCGGCUUCCUGAAAAUCGACGAAUACAUGCGCAGCUUCUCCGACCUGCGGCAGGGUCUGGACCGCAGCGGGUCCACGGCGGUGUGCGUGCUGCUGAGCCCCAGCCACCUCUACUUCAUUAACUGCGGAGACUCACGGGCCGUGCUGAGCCGAGACAGCAAGGUGGGCUUCUCCACGCAGGACCACAAGCCCUGCAACCCCCGCGAGAAGGAGCGCAUCCAGAAGGCCGGCGGCUCGGUCAUGAUCCAGAGGGUCAACGGCUCUCUGGCCGUGUCCCGGGCCCUGGGGGACUACGACUACAAGUGCGUGGACGGCAAGGGCCCCACGGAGCAGCUGGUCAGCCCCGAGCCCGAGGUGUGCGUGCUGGAGCGGGCCGCCGAAGGGGACGAGUUUGUGGUGCUGGCCUGCGACGGCAUCUGGGACGUCAUGUCCAACGAGGAGCUGUGCGAGUUUGUGCGCUCGCGACUUCUGGUGUGCGAGGACCUGGAGAAGGUGUGCAACGCGGUGGUGGACACCUGCUUGCACAAGGGGAGCAGGGACAACAUGAGCGUGGUCUUAGUGUGUCUACCCGGCGCUCCCAAAAUCUCCGAGGAGGCUGUAAAGAAAGAGGAAGAGUUAGACAAAUAUCUGGAGGCCCGCAUCGAGGAGCUCCUCGCCAACUGCGGCGAGGCCGGAACGCCCGACCUGGUGUCUGUGCUGAGGAGCAUCGCCACAGAGAACAUCCCAAACCUUCCACCGGGUGGAGGCCUGGCUAGCAAACGCAGCGUCAUUGAAGCAGUGUACAACAAGCUGAACCCUCACAAAGAAGAAGAAGGGGCUUGUGCGGGGGGAGAGGAGGAGAGUGAGGAGGGAGAAGGCGGCGGCGGCCCGUCGGCUCACCUGCUGGAGGCGCUGCGCCAGUUCCGCCUGCACCACCGGGACCAGUACCGCACCGUCCUGGAGGACACCCUGGCCGCCUACCGGCUACGUCCCGAGGGAGCGGGCCAACGCGCGAGGAGCGACGACGACGGCGGCCGGGAGCGAACCGCCUCCCCUCCCUCUCCCCCCUCGCCCCCGCCCUCACCCGCCACCGAGUCCGACACCGGCCAGGAUGCGCUCGCUCCCGAGUCCGAUCCCGCCUUUUGACUCUUGACCGCUCCUCAUCCUCUUCCUCCUCUUUUCCUCCGGUCACAAGCACUCCUUUUUUCGUUACUCUCAGUCAGUAGUUUGAAAACGCGUCCGUCUGCCUCUUGAGUUGGCACCGCGCGCCCAUCACAGCUUCCAGGUCUGUGCUUUGACUACCCCCCCCCCCUCCACACCCCACUCGCCCGCUUGUCACCCAACCAGGCGGCUGUUUUUACACCCGACAGGCUAAAGCUAACGCUCAUUUAUAGACCUUUUCGCCACGGCGUCGCACAAGCUUCCAGGUCGGCGCGAUCGGAAAACAGAUUUUUCCGUGUUCUCCGACCACUGAGAAAAUAGCUCGAUGGUGUGGAUGACGAUUUUUUUGUCGGCAUCUUUUCUACCGCUGUAGUUUUAUUUAACCGUUUCAACAUCAAAAUGGAAAUCAGUUGGAGGGGAGAGAUGAAACACUGGCAGCUGUAAGUUACAUAGUAACGGGUAUAAGAAAUAAGUGUGGUGGAAAUUCAAAUAAUUGAAGGACUGAUUGGUUAAUAAGGACAUGGAUGUGCUUUAAAAAAAAUUAUAAUGGUGAUAAAAUGCCAUCAAGGUUUGCUUUGCGCUGGCUGCUUUGCUCCCAGCCCGUCUUGGCGAUCGUCUCUACUCAUGUAUUUAAAACAUUUAUUGGAUUUAUCCUCCGCAUCCACAGUUACCACUCGAUUCAUUUAUUUUAUUUUUCAAGGAGAGGGGGAAAAAAACGUUUGGGAUGUAUUUAACGUUUUUGUCAUCGUUUGGGUUCAGGUUGGGAGUCGUCGUCCGCUUUUGCGCCGCCCAAACUCCGUGAAAAAGGUCUGCAAGCAAGAGCGGCCGCUUGUGCAAAUAGAACCUCGGCUUUCACAGUGCGGGACUUUGCUGACAGCCCCCGCCCCCCACCCCCUCCCGCACCAAACUCACAAUGGAGGAGAGAGUUAAAAAAAAAAAAAAAAAAAAAAGCCAUUCUGAACACACUCCAACAUCUCGAGUGUGUGUUGGUUUGCAAAGUUGUACCGUGUGUGUGUGCGUGUUGCUGAGCAGGAAACCAAUCAUUGCUGCUAAGAUGAUUCUUUUGUCAAAAACUGUUUUUCAUAAGUUUUAAACUGCGUGCGUGUGGGUGGGAGGGUCGGGGCUCGUGCACCCCCCCUCGCCUUCGUGUAAAGAUGAGCGCCACCUUGAGGCUUCACUGUUAAAAAAACUCCAUAUGCGCAAAAGUUAGUGAGCAUUUUUUGGUUUGUUUGUUUCAGGUUAACUGCUGGCUUUAAGUGAGGCACACACUCAUCAAGUCACGCGUGUAUGCAAGGCACUUAGUGUGUGUGCGCGCGUAUGUGUGUGUGUGUGUGUGUGCGCGUGUGUGUGGUUACAUGGGGCCAAAUCAGUCUCACAAGAUAAACUAAUAAAAAAUGAUUUCAGAUACAGCACGGACUUGUGUAAGUGAUUGUGAGCCCCUCUAACUGUUGCCCACCAGUUAUCAUCUUCAACAUCAUCAUCAUCAUCCGAAUGCGUUCAUCUGCCGCAUGACGGCGCAAGAUCGGUGUGAAUUUGAUUCUGACUCUUGACAUUUUUGGGCGCGGAGUUGAAGACCCGACGGUGUCGUCUCCAGCACUUGUGUCGAAAGCGAAUUACGUCACGCCAACCGUCUGUUAACGUUCCGUAAGAUUUGAGUUGCUGGUGCAACGGUACGUCCGGCACUUUAAACCCCUUCUCCGAAGGUUCCCGGACCGCUUAAAUACGACUUGAACUGCUUCUUUAGCUGGUUUCCGCGUAAAUAAAGGCGGAUAUUGUUUUUAUCGUCUGGCCUGUUGCGCCGGAGGCAAUUGUGCGACAAAGAACGGAAAAGUGGUUGUAACCGUGUCGUAGAUAAUAGUCGUGACAAGCACUUAUGAGAAUGAGAGAUAUGAUUUGAUAACUUGAAUGCGAGGGAAUUGAAUGCCGUUCUGCUUAUUUGGGCUUUGGCGAGGUCACUCAUGCACGGUCUGGGCGCUCCCGGUGCUGAAAAGUCUCCUUGAGGUGAUUGUGCAUGCGCGUAUAGUAAACAUCCCCAUCCGUGCCUCACCACGUGCCAUUCGACAACUCGUCGCCGAGCGUUCACGUUCGCUACGGACGUCUCACAAAGACGAACGCAGCCAGCGUUCAUAUAUGUGUUCAUCUUUUUAUCGACUGGAGUUUUAAGUUUAGGUUACAACGUAUGUUAGCUCCUUCUAUGUAGAAGAAGGGGAACUAUGAGACCGGGUGAUUUCCCGGUACGCGUCUGCUGCGUACCCAGAGUUCCCCUGUUCAUCACGCAUGCGCAUUUAUCACAGGGAGACUUUUCAGCACGGGGGAGCGCUCAGACCGGCACACCGGGUAGUUCGCAUCGGCCUUGUGCGAAUGGCACACCCCCACCUCUGACAUUUCCAAUGAAUACGCACGCUGCCGUCAACCGGCAUUGCUUGUGGGACAACGUGGCGGCAGGGGCGUGUCAAGACAAUGCGGCUAUCUGAUUGGCUGUUAUUGUACGAGCGAUUGACAGGUCGGAAAGGUCCAUUGGUUCUAGCCCUGGGGUCAAAGGGUAAGAGAGGGGAUAAAUGUCAUGGCUCUUGCGCGGGGCAUGGGCAAAAUUUGUAAUGUAAUAUUCGUAUCAAAGGCCCUGCAAUUGACUGUUGUUAAAAGCGAAAAAGUUUCUUUCUGCUUGAUGACGUUCUGAGGAAAGGUAGCCCCGCCCACUCCGGUUUUUAACUCUCAACAGGUGUCCUCGCGACGCCGGGCGAGGUGAGUCGGCGCCGGCCGGGCGUGCGACACCCCGUUAUCCGGACUCUGUGGCGUUUCACUUUCAACUGUUGAACGUUUCGAGCCACCCCUCGAAACUAACGUCUCUUCCUCCCCCCCCCCCCCCCCCCCCAUCUCUUCUGC